GAAAGCCACACAUAGAAGAUAGAAUACAUUUACACAGCACCACUUCCUCCUCUCUGACAGCACCAGAUCAUGUAACUGGGUCAAACCUGUCAAAGGACCAUCACUUUGGUUUGCUUAAGUUUAACUUUGUUCUGCUGUCAGUCUAAGCAGAAAAUAUUGGACUAACGUUUGGUUCUGCAGUUGGUCAUUAUGUGUGGAAUACGAGCAUUCAGGCUUUCUCUGCUUCUGCUGGUGUGGGGUGUGUGCACAGCCUUUCAAGAGAUUCAAGUGAAAACAUUGGAAAGAGGAGCAGAUUUGGGCACUCUAGCCUGUCCAAACCAAACCAUUCAUGACAUGAUGUCUGUAAUAUGUAAGUUAGAUAGAGUGAUAAGUGGUGGGAAUGAGUGUCAAGUGUCUCUUCGGUUUGACCAAAAUGGUACAAACAGCAUUUGUGACCCCAGAGUCACACUGCAGACAGAGAGGGACAGAGUGUUUCUACACAUCAGCAACAUACAACCAUCUGAUGAAGGGAUCUACACCUGUGAGUGUGUACAUAAUGGAGGAACAGAUUCUUUGCAUCUCAAUAUUUCUGUCAAUGGAUCCCAUGUCACAAACAACCUUUCUUUCAUACGUCCUUUCAUGACAAUAGCAGCCUUUGCAGGAUUUGUAGCUGUCGUGGUCCUCGUUGGAAUAAUCACGAGGAAAUGUCAUCUCAGCGGGAAAACACAGCAGAAAGCGGUGUACACCUUUAAAGAGGUGAUGCAACAACACUGUCUUGUCUGUCAGGGCUGUUAUUGCUUGAUGCUACCUGUAGUCAAUACUGUCAGGGCUGUUAUUGCUUGAUGUUACCUGUAGUCAAUACUGUCAGGGCUGUUAUUGCUUGCU